UUCCAAAACCGUCAAUAUUUGAUUGUUCGCUAAAUAGGUACUUAAUUGAUUAAUAUGUGAAUGUAAAGUUUUCUUAUACCAAGUUUAACCGUUGAAUCUUCAGUAUUGCAUUAUCUAAAUGCCUAAAGAAAUAAACGUAUUAUAUUUGUUGUUACAAAUUUUUGGCUAAAUUUGUAAUACCCGUUUAAUCGCCAACGGAAAUCAUAAUCACAAUGAAUUGAAGAAUUCAAAGUGAACACAUCAUGUCCAAUAAACAUCUUUUUAUCAAUGGUACUAAAUCGUUUUCAAAAAGAUUUUCGAUCGAUGAUGCAUUUGAAGAGGAAACUGAUGAGGCAAUAAAAGUGUGUGGAACUGCAGACUUCAAUAAAAACCACACUAGUAAUAGAAAAACUGAAGAAAUUAUUGAUUGCAUUCAUUUAAAUAUUGAAAAUGCAGGAGGCUAUAAAUUGGAAAAUGAAGGUUCCCGUGAUAGUGAUUCUUUAAUACAAGACUAUUGUGAUAGUACCAGUCAAGAUUUUGUGCAUUAUCCAUGUUACAAACAUCCGAAAGUGCAGGAGAAUUGGAGAAUGGUAUUAGCUGCUGUAACAUUGUUGCUGAUAGGAGUAGGUCUUCUGGCAACAGGAAUUUUAGCAUUUGCUGAACCUAGAGCUGGACUUCAAGGGACAGUUUUUCUCCUUGCUGGUUUUAUAUGUUUUGUACCAGGAGCUUACCAUGUGGUAUACAUAUAUUUAGCGGCAAAAGGAAAACAAGGUUACCAUUUUCAUAAUUUACCACUGUUUUCUUAAAACAUUCAACUGAUAUAUCAGCUAUAUCCUUGAAGUUUAAACACUGAUGUAUUAAUUCUUGGAGUUCUAUACUAAUUUUGAAGCUUUAUAAAAAAUUCCUAUAAAGUACAAAUUUUGUUUAGGUAGACUUAGGUAUAAUUAUUUAUUUUUUUUAUGUUAAAAUAAAAUUACAUUGUAUAUGAAAGUCGUUUUGUUAUAC